AUGAACGGAAGCGCGGGCGAUGCCGCCGCCGAAAAGGCGUACGUGCCGCCCCCUUUGACCGUUCAGCAAGAAGAUGCUAUCAUAAACACGCGCAUCACGAACGACGAAAAGGCCUUGCGCCGCGUGACGAAGAAGUUCCACCACUACACCGUUUCUGCUUUCCCCCCUGCCGCUUCGUCCACAGCAUCCUCCGUCGACGAUGCGCGAGAGGCCUUCCUUCUGGAGCUGGCCUCCUUCCAGCUCUCGCUCCAGAAGAGCAUGAUGGUGUGCGAGGCGGAGGCGAGACAGGUGGAGGAGUACCAGCGGGAACGAGACCGAAUAUCAAAUGAGCACAGUCGGCUGAAGGAUCAGAUCAACGAGCUCAAGGCGGCACUCGAGCAUGCGCAGCUGGAGCGCAAGCAGAAGAUCGAAUACGACGUGAUUGCGGAGAAGGUCAACUCGCUGCCCAGUCGCGACGAGCUCGAACAGUCAAUACAGUCCCUCGAGAACGACAUGAUUGCCAUCCGGGCCGAACACGAGAACCAGAACCGCCUCCUCCAGGCGCAGAAGGCAGCGCUCGACACCGUGGUGCAAAGCGUCAGCGAGCUCCGGUUGCUUGGGAAAGACGUUGCGGAAGAUGAAACACCGGCACCUGAAGCUCAGCCCGGCGAUGAAGACGUGGAGAUGGACGGAACUGGAAGCGUACGUACCCGCGAGGAGUCUGGCGAGCUCAAAGAGGAGCCGGGUCCCUUCCAGCAUGCGGAUGGGAAAAUGCUGGUAGACGGACAUGACUCGGAGGACGACGUGCCAUUGGCGAAGACGAUCCUCAAUCCUGCGGCACGCACACCUGCCCAGCUCACCGAUUACGAGCAAGAGCAGGGUGAAAUUGAGCAUGGUGAGAUCGAAGAGCAGGGCGAGAUUGAAGAUAUCAAGGCGAAGAGAAAGGCUAGGGAGGACUUGGAAGAAGGCGAAGCUAGCGACGAGAGCAGUCUCAGCGACCUUUCCGAGAUGCCUGAUGAUUGA